CUCAGUCUGAUGUCCUCAGUACUAACUCCAUAGCUCUGUCUGAUGUCCUCAGUACUAACUCCUUAGCUCAGUCUGAUGUCCUCAGUACUGACUCCUUAGCUCUGUCUGAUGUCCUCAGUACUAACUCCUUAGCUCUGUCUGAUGCCCUCAGUACUAACUUCUUAGCUCUGUCUGAUGUCCUCAGUACUAACUCCAUAGCUCUGUCUGAUGUCCUGAGUACUAACUCCUUAGCUCUGUCUGAUGUCCUCAGUACUAACUUCUUAGCUCUGUCUGAUGUCCUCAGUACUAACUCCUUAGCUCUGUCUGAUGUCCUCAGUACUGACUCCUUAGCUCUGUCUGAUGUCCUCAGUACUAACUCCAUAGCUCUGUCUGAUGUCCUCAGUACUGACUCCUUAGCUCUGUCUGAUGUCCUCAGUACUAACUCCUUAGCUCAGUCUGAUGCCCUCAGUACUAACUCCUUAGCUUUGUCUGAUGUCCUCAGUACUGACUCCUUAGCUCUGUCUGAUGUCCUCAGUACUAACUCCUUAGCUCAGUCUGAUGCCCUCAGUACUAACUCCUUAGCUUUGUCUGAUGUCCUCAGUACUAACUUCUUAGCUCUGUCUGAUGUCCUCAGUACUAACUUCUUAGCUCUGUCUGAUGCCCUCAGUACUAACUCCAUAGCUCUGUCUGAUGUCCUCAGUACUAACUACUUAGCUCUGUCUGAUGUCCUCAGUACUGACUCCUUAGCUCUGUCUGAUGUCCUCAGUACUAACUCCAUAGCUCUGUCUGAUGUCCUCAGUACUGACUCCUUAGCUCUGUCUGAUGUCUUCAGUACUAACUCCUUAGCUCAGUCUGAUGUCCUCAGUACUGACUCCUUAGCUUUGUCUGAUGUCCUCAGUACUAACUCCAUAGCUCUGUCUGAUGUCCUAAGUACUGACUCCUUAGCUCUGUCUGAUGUCCUCAGUACUAACUCCAUAGCCCUGUCUGAUGUCCUCAGUACUGACUCCUUAGCUCUGUCUGAUGUCCUCAGUACUAACUCCUUAGCUCAGUCUGAUGCCCUCAGUACUAACUCCUUAGCUUUGUCUGAUGUCCUCAGUACUAACUCCUUAGCUCUGUCUGAUGUCCUCAGUACUAACUCCUUAGCUCUGUCUGAUGCCCUCAGUACUGACUCCUUAGCUCAGUCUGAUGCCCUCAGUACUAACUUCUUAGCUCUGUCUGAUGUCCUCAGUACUAACUUCUUAGCUCUGUCUGAUGUCCUCAGUACUAACUACUUAGCUCUGUCUGAUGCCCUCAGUACUGACUCCUUAGCUCUGACUGAUGUCCUCAGUACUGACUCCUUAGCUCUGUCUGAUGUCCUCAGUACUAACUUCUUAGCUCUGUCUGAUGUCCUCAGUACUAACUUCUUAGCUCUGUCUGAUGCCCUCAGUACUAACUACUUAGCUCUGUCUGAUGUCCUCAGUACUGACUCCUUAGCUCUGUCUGAUGUCCUCAGUACUGACUCCUUAGCUCUGUCUGAUGUCCUCAGUACUAACUUCUUAGCUCUGUCUGAUGUCCUCAGUACUAACUUCUUAGCUCUGUCUGAUGUCCUCAGUACUAACUUCUUAGCUCUGUCUGAUGUCCUCAGUACUAACUUCUUAGCUCUGUCUGAUGUCCUCAGUACUGACUCCUUAGCUCUGUCUGAUGUCCUCAGUACUAACUCCUUAGCUCCUUUUGCUGUCCUCAGUACUAACUCCUUAGCUCAGUCUGAUGUCCUCAGUACUAACUCCUUAGCUCUGUCUGAUGUCCUCA